AUGGUUGGCUCACCAUGGUCUGUGCCCGGCCUGGCCGCUUGCCUUGGCAUGCUGGCUGUGGACUGGGUUUUUGACGUGGGUGAGGCGCAGGCGGCCAAGGUCUACUACUGCAGCCUCUUGCCGACCCUCUUCUCCUUCCCGCACUGCCUGCGCGUGGUGAUCCCGGUUGCCUUUGCCGGGAUCUGCAUCCUGAGCAACCUGUACGCAAGUUGGUCAGGACAGCAUGGCCUCGCUAAAGUGGCCCACCUCGCCACCUGCGCAGUGCUGCUUUUCGGGGGCCUGCCAUGCUUCUACGUCUCUGUCAGGUCAGUGCAGAUGCUGUGUGGCGGAAUCGACGAAACAGCGCAGAUCACGACAUUGCAACAGGCACAUGCGGCAAUGUUUGUCGUCUUUUUGGCCAGCAUCGCCUUUGAAGUGGCAGGACAUGCAGCUCGCGCGAAGUCGGCGCCAGAUUCGAAGUCCAAGGCAACGUAG